AGAUGGGCUCUAAUUUAAUUGCUUGGAGCCUCGGCUCUAAUAAACUUUUCCGUGGGUUUCUUUCUCGCUCUACAAGAUCGAGGCGAAUUGAGGGACAAACCCUGCGCAUAUUAUUCAUUUUGUCACUAGAUUUCUUCAUUCUCUCUUUGGAAUUCCUCUUCAGCCUGGACCAAAAAUAAACCAAAGGCCACACAAAAACCCAUUAUUUUUCUCUCUGGAAUCCCAAAAUCCACAAAAUCUCAUUCUCUCUCUCUCUAGAAUUCCAGACCCAAUCUCUGAGCUAGUCCAUUGACAUAGCUUGGAGAAUAACCAGGCAACACCCAUGGAGCAAGACUACGAAGGCCAUGAAUCACCCUCGAACUCAACCAUAGACCACACCAUUGAGUCCUUCCUUUCUCUCUCCAGAGCCCCACAAGGCCGCCUAGAAGCUGCAUCCAAAGGGGCCGUCCCUCUCUUUCUAGACCUUAUCCGAACCUACUUGGCCCCAAAAAUCGAGCCAGAAUUGAGUCCUUCUCGAGCCCAAUUGACCCGCUCUAGGCUCGUCUCUUCCCUAAAAGUUCUAAGAAACCUUUGUGCAGGUGAACCCAUGAACCAGGACUCGUUUAUUGACCACCAAGGUCCUCACUUUCUCUCUGUAACCAUGAAUUCUUUGGAUUUUAUGUCUCCCCAAGCGUUGGAUAUCAUCAUGGUGGGGCUGCAAAUAUUGGGUAAUGUGGGUUUAGCUGGUGAAAGGCAUAAAGUGGCCAUUUGGGGUGAACUUUUUCCCAAGGGUUUUGAGAAAUUUGCAGAGGUUGAGAGUUCUAAGCUAUGUGGGCCUUUAUGUAUGAUUAUUUAUAAUUGUUGCAGAGAUAAUGAUCAUAGAUUGAAGGAAUUAUGUGGAGUUUCAGGUUUACCUUUAAUGGCUGGCAUAAUUAGGUCUAUUGUUUCAGAUGGGAUUGAAGAAGAAUGGCCUCAGUGGCUUCUGUCAUACAUUUGCUUUGAAAGUCCCUACUUCCCUCAAUUGUUUUGGGGUUUGAGCUCAUGUAGUUUUCCUAAUGGUAGCAAGGAAAUUAUGUCUAAAGACCACUUUUCUGAUAUGCAAGCAUGGUUAUUGACUGUGCUUUUGGAUAUCAUGGAUGAACAAAGAAACCAACUAAGCAUUUGCAUGGAAUUUGCUCUCUCUCUUCUUCAAAUUGUCAAAAGAGUUGGAAGAUCCAUGGAUUCUCUCUCUACAAAUACUCUUGAUUGUCCAGUGGGUUCGGGUGCUUCUCCUACUUUACCAUCUGGAUCUUCUGUCAUAAAUAUCUUAGGAUAUUCUAUUAGUAUUUUGAGAGAGUUAUGUGCUUUAGAGGACCACCACAAUAAACAUUCAGAGAAAUUAUCUCUACCAACAAAGGAGGCUCAAGAAAUGCGAGGUUCCUCAAUUGUUGAUUCCCUUGUUAACUCUGGCCUGAUACAACUGAUGUUAGGGUUUCUUCGUGACUUGGAACCCCCUGCCAUUAUCAAGAGAGCUCAAGCUCAAUCUAGAAAUGAUAAGCCAAAUGAGGACCAUGAAAAUGAAAAUGCAUCGCUUACCUCAACAGAAGAAGGUGAGAGUGGAGGGGCGUCAGUUAUUGCGCCAAAAAAUAAAUGUCCAUACAAAGGAUUUCGAAGGGAUAUAGUUGCCAUUAUUGGGAACUGCACAUAUCAUCGGAAACAUGUGCAAGAUGAAAUUGGGAGGGAGAAAGGUGUUUUGUUAAUGAUGCAGCAAUGUGUUGUGGAUGAAGAUAAUCCUUAUUUGAGAGAAUGGGGCAUUUGGGCCAUAAGGAAUUUGAUGGAAGGAAAUUUAGAUAACCAAAGAGAGGCAUCUGAAUUGGAGCUUCUAGGAUCAGUUGAUACACCUGAAAUUUCUCAGCUAGGAUUGAAGGUGCAAGUUGACCAAAAGAGUGGCCGUGCAAAGCUAGUCAAUGUUUGAUAAGACCCAAGACGUGAAUAUGUUUGGGCGUACAAUUAACCACAAUAAACGCUGGAUUCUUGCUCUGCCUAUAUGAUUCCAAAAGAAAAAGGCUUGUUGAAGUUUUUGAAGGAAACAAGGCUUACAUGAGACUUGACACAUCCAUGAAUAUGUGCACUCAUCCAUGCGUGACUGUUUCACUUUUCAUGUUUUAAGUUCUGUUUCAUUCUUCUUCAGUUUUUCUCUCUGUUAUUUUUGCUGAGCAAGUAUUUUGGUUUUGUGAUUGCAGGAUGUAGAGAUGGUGCUUGGGAAUUCUGGCCUAUGAAACUAAAACCUCUUUCAUUCUUUCUUAUGAAAGCAAAACCCCAAAACUGAUCCAUGUUACUUGUUUUAUGAUGAGGGGUUUUGUUAAGUGUUUUCAUGUGUGAUUUUUUGUUUUUCUAAGUUAUUUUUAUGGGUAAGACAGAAUAGGAAGAGAAAAUGGCCACAAUUGGCAUGCUGGUUAUCUGUAUUUAGGAUUGUAGAUAAUGAGAAUGAGUGCCUUUCAGACCACAAGGUCAUAAACACCCCAAUCCGUCUAAUGCAAAAUCAGCGGCCUGGGAUAUGGCAUCUCUUUGUACAGAGUCGAGAAAAAUUUUCUGGGAUUUCGAUCACAAUAAUAUACUUUUCCCUUUCACA